AUGCCCCCUCUAUUAGCAAAUGCCGGAAUUGGGGCCGUGCUAUAUACCUCGUACCUUCAGGUUCUUGGGGCCCUAUAUGAACCUGUGGCACAGGGAGUCAAACGAACAUACCCCCCUGCCCAUCCCCUUUAUACAUUCACGGCUGGUUUCGUAGCAGGGGCAGCCCAAUCCAUAGUUGCCGCACCUUUGGACGCCCUUCAAGUUCGUCUUCGAGCACAUGAUAUACUCGGGGGCCAGUACCGGAGUAUGUGGCACUAUGGCUGGCACAAAUUGAAACAAAUUGGUGUCCGUGGUAUCUUUGCGGGUUUAACCUUGUCGUUCCUGCGCGAUGCCUUUGGAUAUGGCGUCUUUUUCUCAUCUUUUGAGUACAUCAAAUCUCAGGCAUAUUAUUCAUUUGCCACCGGAUAUUAUGGACAUUAUCAUAUUCGUCACGCCGAUGACAAGAAUACUGCAAAAACCAGCGACCGUGGUGUGCCACUUAUCAAACCUCAUUACACCUUAGAGCCAUGCUUUCUGAUGCUUGCAGGGGUUGCAGCCUCCAUUGCCCAGCAAGCAAUACAGCAUCCACUUAGCCUCAUACAAAACAUACACGUCGCGCGGCUGGAGUACCUUGAUCGCCAGGCGAGUCUAUAUCCUUCGAAAAGGCAGAUGUUGCGUCUCUACUACUUCGCUUACCGGGAGACGUACAAACGAUGCCAAAGGAAGGCCGCGCGAUCGGGAAGCUGGCGGCGUUGGCUAUUCCGCGACUUCGCGAAAAAUGCCCUCCGCCAAGUUCCCAGUACCAGUGCCGGUCUGGUGAUAUUUGAACUGGUUCGCCGUAAAUAUGCUAAUAUGGCAGAAGCUGUAUACAUUCGCAAGGACGGGUACGAUCUUCUGUUGUCAUAG